GCAAAAUAUACUUGUCUCACUUUAACUUAUUAAAUCAGUGUACACUCGUUCAGACAGUUCAGCUAAAAAGAACAGACUUCUAGUUUACAUCAUGGUUGCCCUACGAUUGCUCCUAGCUGUCAACACCGAUCAAUUAACAGCAUAAUGUCUAAUAAAGGAGCUACUAAAAAAGCUGAGCUUAAGGAUGAUAUUAAGACACGUACACGGUCAAGACCAAAGAAUCCAUCAAGCAAUGAGAAUCACAUGGAAACAUCGAGAAAAUUGGAGCUCAGAAAAUCACAGACUACCGAGCACAAAGGUGAUGGGGAUAGAUCGUCCAAGUCAUCACAUAGUUCUUCAACGAGUAGAACACAAUCAACUAGAAGCACUAACAAACAGUUGGUUGGAACCUCUCAACCUAAAAUUAUCAAACAAAGUGUUACACCCUCGACGUCAAAAUCUAGCUUGAUUAAAGCUUCAUUGUCCAAUCACUCGACAAAAGUGAGCACGAGUUCGAAGAUGAGGACUGAAAAGCUUGCUACUAAGUCAAACGACGAUAGCACGAUGAAGAAACGGAAAUCCAGAGAAGCUGGAUACUCGGAGAAAAGAGGUCUCAGCACGAUAUAUGUACCGAAGACGACCACGAGCAAACUGAAUGUUAAACUCAACGAGAAGACCUCUCGAACGACGAGGGACACGGGACAAUUGCAAAAAGCUCCUGCAGUCGAACGAGCCAAAUCGCGAAUGUCGUCUAGAGAACGUAGGAAGUCCAGGACGCUGAGUCCCAGCGAGGUUAAGAUGCUGCAUAGUGCCAUAAGGCGGCCGAGCAACGCAGAGAACGUGGAGAGGAACAGAGAUACCGCGAGAGGCAAGGAGAGUCGUUCAAACGCGCAGGCGGACUCUGAUGAAGUGGACUACGAGUACGAGGACGAUUUCGAGGAUUACGAGUCCGACUUUCAGGAGUGUACCGACAGCGAGACUUCGCCUAUCAGCGAGAGGUCGGACAGCAGCGACAGCAGUUCUCAUCUGGAGCCUAUCGAGCUGCAGAUGCGGAAGAAGAAGAGCACAGUGAACAGCACGGAGCAAAAAGUCGAAGAGGAACGCAUGCUGGACUCGGGACACUACGAUCUCGCGGAGGCGAGGAAGAGAGCAGCGCGGGUGGAAUCUAUGUUUAUAAAUCAGUCGAACACACCGCCGUUGCCCGAGCUGAGAGAGCCGGUCGGCAAAACAUUUAGCGAUGACAGACCGGCGGAGAACAAGUCUUUGCCGUCCUCCACCGACGAGGGCUUCGAAGACAGUCGCUCUGGAGAUUUUACUAAAUCUCCGCCAUUGUCGCAGGUACCGUUCAUAGACUUCCGCAAGUCGAAGGAAAAUCGACGCGAUGAGGUUUUUCCUUGUCGUUCGCAGACCUCACGAAAGCAUCGAAGCAGGGGCGAGGAAUUGUUGGAAAUGAUAAAGCUGGAUUUUAUGGAAUGGUCGAUCCUGGAGUGCAGUCCCGUGCCUUACGACGAGUUCAUAAGAAAUUACGGAAAGCUGAAUACUCAACAAAUAUUUACUCAAACCGGUGACGAUAAUAUAGACAUUGAGAUACAAACGGACGAGAUGCUUUACAGGAACAAGUGGACGCAAUUUCCUGUAACUUGCAGGAAAGAAUUGCACGAUAACCAGGAUGUAAACUUGUUUAAAUUGGAACAAAUCGGCGUAGGAAGUGAUCUGGAGGAUUCGGAGGAUAUAAAUUUUCCCUUACGGCCGUCGUACGACGUGUUACGCUUGAAUGAUUUUCUGAGUCGCGCCGGCACGGUCGUGCUGUCAUUAUUGGAGGAAAAAGAGCACGGUGGCAACGUUUUCCAAAACGAUGUGGAGGAAUUACCAUUCAGCGACGGUUUCGUCAAACUCUCCAUAAACACGGUGACGUUUCUAUCCAGCAGAGCGGUUAAGAUUAUACAUUAUUCGGACGUUCUGAGUAAAGUUCUGCUUACUAUACAUUCUCCCGUGGAAGAGGAGAUAGAAACCAUCAGUAAGCAGGAUUACAUCACCGACUGUUGCAUAGGAUGUGUCUGGAACAUUUCCGAGCCGUCAAUGCCUAAGAAACUGUUCUACUCGCAGUGUCCCAUCACUGCUUGCUGUUUUCAUUUGACGAAUUACAACGUGGUAUUUGCCGGACUCGAGGAUGGAUCGUUGAGUCUCUGGGAUCUUAAGGAAGAUGAGAUGUGGCAUCAGAAGGUCACGGACAACGAAUUGGACUGGAUAAUAAGAACCCCUACUUACACGACCACGGCGAACACGGAGUCGGAAACGCACACAUCGCAGAUCGUCGCGAUACGCGUGCUGUCCAAGAUCGAGACCGCUUCUACGAAAGGAAAGAACGACAAGUUCGUCCCCAUUCAGAUAUGUAGCUUAGACGAGGACGGUUGUCUCAUAGUGUGGAGUAUCGUGCAUAAUAUGGGUGUAAUUAUCGACGACUUGGGACUCUCUCACUGGGGCGACAUAAGACUCAUAAAGAAUCAGAAAACAUCCUUGAGAAAGGGAGACGCGAAAAUAACGAGUGCGUUUUUCGAUAUGCAUGUGGAUAGUGCGGAUACGAAUAACGUUUACGUCGCGACUAACAGCACCGAUGUCAUGCAUGUUACUUGCAUCGGUAACAGAACUAACCCCUUAGCAUACAAACCAGCUGAGAUAAGCGAAUGCGGUAACUCGUCGUGCAUUGACGUUUGUCCUUUUGGUCAAUCGUUCUUCUUGGUCGGCUGUGAUGAUGGAACGAUUCGGCUUCAUUUCUUGAACGUGGAAAGACCCAUCAUACAGCUGAAGAACGAACAGUACACAAAUAGGAUUAAAGUUCUGCAAUGGUCAAAGACGAAACCAUUAACUAUAUAUGUUCUGGACGAUAAGUCGCGAAUUCACGUAUGGGACUUGAGCGAGAGUGACGUUUGUCCUGUACAUACAUUCCCCAUGCAUAAGUGGGGAAUGAUAAGCAGCAUGCAGUUGUCUCCUUGCACGAUGGACCAAGAUAUGACGAAUCAAUACUUGGCUGUUGGAAUGGAAUCUGGUGACGUGGAGGUACAUAAACUGAGGAAAGAUUUCUACUAUUCGAGGAAGGAAGAAUUUUUACAGGAACUCAACGUCUUUUCGCGAUAUGUCUCAGUUUCCUGAACAGGAGGAUCACUAUAUGAAUUAACAAUGAGAAGUGAAUUAUAUAGUUAACCACACCAAUAGUCUCGUAGAGUUGCAUAGUAAUUCAGUCAUGAGAAGACACGAAUUUUAUACUUCCAAUUUACACGUACACUUGCAAUGCAAAUAAGUUGGACGUUCAGAUAAGUAUCGUUUCAGUACAAGUUGCAAGCAACUCGUUGCAUUUCAUUGACGUUUGACAACGGGACAAUCUCUUCUGACCGGUAUUAUAAUUUGUAACAUUUUUAAGAAUUAUGAGAAACAACAAGUAUAACAUUGAUCGCGUCUCUGAUAAUACCGAACAUGAAAGUACAAUUUUCGGAGUCGUAUAAUCGAUACACUCAACUCCGGUGUUGAUUUUGUAUACUGUACAAAUGCGCGACACGUGCAUCGAUCGAGAUUUUUGCACUUAUUAUUCGUGUGUACAGUCAGUGAGAGAAAGAAGAAAAUUUACCUCAACGAACUUUAGAACGUAUCCGAUAUUCAAUAGGGAAAUUAUCUCUUGACAAUGACCAAAAACAAAUACUGAAAAAUAAGUUCUAUUAGAUACAGAUACGUGAUGAAGCUCAUUGAAACAGGAGCGUUGCAAUAUUCUUUCCACUGACUAUAACUUUCUAUCGUAUUCCGUCCAAGAAGAUAAACGCCGUCUAUAUAGAUAGAUAACAUUUAUAACACAUUUAUACGUACAUUUAUAUAGUGUAUUGUGUAUUGUGUAAAUUAUAUAUCGUAUAUAUAUUUAAGGAAGAGUAUAAAUUGAACGAUAGAGGAUUGUAUAGCUGAAAUAUACAUACAUUUUAUACACA